CCAAUAGCAUAAAGUUGGUGGGAAGUGGAGAUGUUGCCUACCUGAACACUUGAGAUAAAAGAACAAAUCUCAAGCUUCACUAAUCUGGUUUUGCUGAAAAUGGAGGACAGAUCUGAUAUUGAAAUCCCAAAGGUUAAACUGGGCAGUCAAGGCUUGGAGGUGUCUAGAUUGGGUUUUGGAUGUGGGGGACUAUCUGGAAUAUACAAUGCUCCUCUCUCUCACGAAGCUGGAUGCUCAGUGAUACAGGAAGCAUUCAAUAGGGGCAUCACCUUCUAUGAUACCUCAGAUGCUUAUGGUCAGGAUCAUGAUAAUGAAAUCAUGGUCGGCAAGGCUUUAAAACAACUUCCUCGAGAAAAGGUUCAAUUGGCUACAAAAUUUGGCAUUCUCAAGUCAGACAGCUUUGAAUUCAGUGUAAAUGGGACCCCGGAGUACGUAAGAGCAUGCUGUGAAGCUAGUCUGAAGAGGCUGGAUGUCGACUACAUUGAUUUGUACUAUCAGCACCGUGUCGAUGUUUCAGUGCCAAUUGAGGAUACGAUUGAGGAGCUUAAGAAGCUAGUGAAUGAAGGAAAAAUAAGAUACAUUGGCCUUUCAGAAGCUAGUAUAGACACAAUAAUGAGAGCUCAUGCUGUUCAUCCCAUUACUGCAGUGCAAAUGGAGUAUUCUCUUUGGACUCGUGAAAUUGAAAAUGAGAUAAUUCCACUUUGCAGGAAACUUGGAAUUGGGAUAGUGUCAUAUAGUCCACUUGGUCGUGGCUUCUUCGGUGGGAAGGCAAUUUUAGAGAGCUUGCCUGCAGAAAGUUUGUUGUCUAUUCAUCCAAGGUUUAAUGGUGAGAAUUUGGAGAGCAACAAACUCUUCUAUAACAAACUUGCCAACCUUGCCGCAAAACAUUCAUGCACUGCUCCUCAGUUAGCUCUGGCAUGGCUUCUCCAUCAGGGCAAUGACAUAGUUCCAAUCCCAGGAACUACUAAAGUUAAGAACCUUUGUAUCAAUAUUGGAGCAUUGAAUGUGAAGCUUACGAAAGAGGAUUUGACUGAGAUUUGUGAUGCUGUUCCCAUUAAUGAAGUUGAAGGCGACCGAGAAUUUGAAGUUCUGUCAAAAUUCAUGUGGAAUAAUGCAAAUACCCCAUCAAAGUAAUUGCAAGGGUGCUGUCAGUUUCUUUGUGUACUGAGUUAAUUGGUGAGCAUCAUCACUAUCACCAAUCUGGUUGCUGCAGUUUCACUUUAGUCAAUUUAUAAAGAAAAUACUGUAAUGUUUUAAACAUUCUGCUUCAAGAAUAAGAUGUUAGAGUCACAGUUGGUAUGUAAUCCCUACAAUAAUCUGUACAGCAGUUUGGUAUAAAGUUUGUAAUGAUAUGCAACGUACAGUGACACUGUCACAGUUGCUAUGUAAUCCCUUUGUUAAGAUAAAUAAAAAAUAUUUGUUGUGCAAAAAUAA